AAAUUUCCCGUCGUUCGAGUUUUCGGUUAUAGCACCACCGUUUGGAAGAGUUCGUUGGAUCUGUGAUACCGGCGAAUCGACGUAUCUCGCCGGAUCUCUAGGUUCGGCGUCGAUGGUGUUCCAUGGCGUAGGUCUCCGCCGUGCUCUGGAGCUAGCAUUCUGUAUCGCUGGUAUUUGGUCGGCUUAUAUAUAUCAAGGCGUUCUUCAAGAGACCGUGUAAGCGUUAGUUUUUAGCUAUGGAUCUCUUAAAUUCCUUUUGUUGAUUUCAUGUAUUAUGUUAUUCAUCUAAUUGUUUCAUACUUUUAGCAUUUAGUGAAUUUUGAAUUUCUAACUUGUAAUAAUGGAAUUUCUGAUGAUUGAUGUUUGAUUUCCAUGAACUCGUCGAAGAAAUUGAAAGUAACGCAUACAGGAAGUUUUAACUUACUAUCUAUCAACAUUGACGAUAAAUUUAGGUCUACUAAGAGAUUUGGCCCUGAGAAGGAGAGGUUUGAACAUUUGGCAUUCUUAAACCUGGCACAAAGUGCUGUUUGUUUACAAUGGUCCUUCGUUAUGAUAAAGCUUUGGGGCAAGGGUAAAGGUGUUCGUGCUCCAUGGUGGAGUUAUUGGAGUGCUGGAAUUACAAACACAAUUGGCCCUGCAAUGGGGAUUGAAGCUCUAAAAUACAUCAGUUAUCCUGCUCAGGUCCUUGCAAAAUCUUCCAAAAUGAUUCCAGUGAUGUUGAUGGGGUCCCUCGUUUAUGGUAUUCGAUACACUUUUCAGGAGUAUCUUUGCAGUCUCCUUGUUGCUGGUGGUGUUUCAAUCUUUGCGUUGGCAAAGACUAGCUCAAAAACCAUAAACAAACUUGCUAAUCCAAAUGCUCCACUCGGAUAUGGACUUUGCUUUCUCAACUUGGUGUUUGAUGGUUUCACAAAUGCGACACAAGAUUCAAUUUCCGCAAGGUACCCAAAAACAAAUGCAUGGGACAUGAUGUUAGGAAUGAACUUAUGGGGAACAGUAUACAACACGGUUUUCAUGUUUGGUUGGCCUGAAGCGAGUGGAUAUGAAGCAGUUCAAUUUUGCAAACACAACCCUGAAGCAGCAUGGGAUAUUUUAUACUACUGCUUAUGUGGCGCGAUUGGUCAAAAUUUUAUAUUUUUUACAAUUAGUCGUUUUGAUUUACCUCAAAAAGAAGAGACCCAAGAGAAUGAAGAAAAAGAAGAAGCAUGUUUGAUGAAAAUUCGGUCUAAACCACAUUUUUUAGUGACAAACAGCAUCAAUCUUUCAUCGUCUGCAAGCUGAUAUGAUAUGAGACAACUGCAAAAUCCUAUGAAAAAACUCUACAUUACAUGGGAAUAAUCAAAUCAAAGGCAAUGGAGAAGAGCUCUUUUGCAAGGUGGAGGUUGUGAAGUUCUGAUUCCUGGCUUUGGUGGUGGUGUUGAUUCCAUUCCAAGUGUUUUUAGUAGGAAGUUCCUUUC